AUGGGAUGUGGUUUUUUUUUUAAAAAAGCGCAUUGCAAAUGUAAAUGUAAAGGUAAAAGAAAUGAUGAUGAAUCAGAGAGUGAUCCGGAAUUACGUGAACCACAGGUGAAACGGCGACGUCUUCAUAGUAGUGAUAAGAAGUGGAAGGAAUAUGAGGAAACGAAUAAGUUAGGAGGAAGAGGAAACAGCGACGAUAUUAUACCAUUCGCUGAAGAGGAAUACGAAAGCAUCAAUUGUGAAACGAUGCCACAAACUGAGGAGGAAUAUUCAUGGAAAAUUGAAGAGGAAUUGAAAUUGGAUGAAUCGACGUGUUCAGCAAUAACAACAACAACAACAACAACAACAAUAACCAAUAAUAGCUCUAUCAUAACGGAUCGUCAUUCUGAUAUUAAAAAUUCCUGGAAUGAUAAGAUGAAUAAUCUGCAAGGAGUGAAUUCUCAUUUAACUCGGUCUUCACCAACGGAUGUCGACGAACAGCGACGACAACGAAUACAAUACUCACCUGUGAAAAGUUUCUACAAGACAGUACCACUCGAUGAAACAGGGGCCACAGAUACGGAAGUACCACGGGUAUCGAUAUCAGGUUGGUCUGAUGGAAAUUUAGGUUAUCCAACAGAUAUGCAUGUGCUUACCGAUUCCUUAAUUGUGAAUACGGAAGAGGAAUCUGAAAUGGGUUCUAAUGAUGACAUUAAGGAGAUAUUAUCAAUGUUGAAUGAUGAUGAAAACGGUAAUCCUAAAUGGGAAGAAUUCGAACAACGUGGUACGCAAUGGCGUGAAUUUAAAUGUGGAAAAACUCGUUACCAAUUAUCUUUCAAGCGUAAUUGGCUUCUGGGCUGUGUUGAUAAUAAUAAUAAGCAUUCUUGCGAUGCAUCCAGCGAAGAGAGUGAUGAAUUACCAACGGAUCUCAAUCCGAUCAUUGAAGUCAAAUCCAUUGCACCAUCCGUUCCAGACGUAUCCUCUUUGAAAAGACGGCGUAAAGGACGACUUAGCACAUCCGAUCGUUUUCCAUCGGUAAUGAAAAUGUCCAGUAGUGCACUGGAACAGGAUAUGGAAAGUAGCAUCUAUUCACAGACAUGCUCCGAAAUACCUCAUCUCAAUGGUGAAACUGCGCCAUUAGGCUUAAUUCAUUUACCACCCGCUCACUAUUUAGGUAGUACAUUUCGUAAUAAACAUCAGGUACGACGUAAAUUACGUGCCCGACGUCUUCCACGGUCUAUGUCUGAUGGUGAACAUCUUGGAAUGUGUAUGGAUGCAUCAAUUCAUUCAGCUCCCGGAGCAUCAAUAUCACAAUGGAAUGCCAGUCUGUAUCGCGAUAGUGAUACCACAGGACCGGAUCAGAGUGAUGUUCCGCCGUAUGAAUGGGAUGAUUAUAAACCACCAGCAAAAGCAGAAGAUGAAUGGGAUGAUGAGGAUGAUCGAGAGGAUAUAUCGGUAUUGACCAUCGAGGAUGAUUUUCAUAUGCAACUUGGUAGCUCCCAUUCUUCAUUCCCCGCUCACUUAUAUUCAUCUAAUCGUCAAUCUUACAUUACUGAUGAAAAGAAGACUCUAAUACGUGAAAAAUCAUCACGACCAGUAGCUACCGUUGCAGGAAAAUGUAUACGAAAACACUCGGAUGCAAGUGUUAGUGAUAAGUUGGAAUUAGUGAAAGCGACUACAAUACCUCUGUUAAGCAAACUGUUGAAUUCAUCGAAAUCCCGGCAUUUCUCGGAAUCUGACAUACAUAACGCAUUGGCAACAAAUAACGGUAAUACAAAUAACAGUACCGAGUGUAUUCAAUCAUUUCCGCUUUCAUCUCUAUCACAGCAAUCACUACUGCCCACUAUUUUAUUGAAAAUUGAAAAAUUUGCAUCUUCACUCAAACUGAUCCAUCACGACGAUAGUGGUCUCGAUUCCUCAUUCUCCACGCUAUCAUCGAUCAAAUCAUUGGGUGACGUUGAUAUUCAUGAACGAUUGCUAGAAGAACAGGAGGAAUUACAAAGUUUGUUAAGUUCGGAUUCGUUUUCUGGUGAUUUAUCGGGUUUAUUGGAAGAAUUUGAACCGUUGUGUCGGGGAUAUGAGGAAGCUGUGGAACGAGUGGAGCAAUUAAUGGCACAAAUUGAAGAAAUCCGAGAUAAAUGGAAUGAUUGGUCCGAAACACAACGAAUUAUUCAAAUUAUGAUGCGAACCAUUGAGAAUGAUCUCUCUGAUCUUCGUAAAGGAACUGAUAACUCUGAGCAAAUAUGUUCCGAAUUGGAAUUAUGUCAAGAACGAAUGAAUCGAUUAGAAACAGCAUGUAAUUACCUGAGCUGUAAUCUAGCAUCGCUUCACAAUCAUUCUUCCACUCAAUCACCGCCCGUCGACUUCACUUCUGAACUUGUUUUAUACUCCAAUGCACUAAAACAGCUUAAAACUAGAUUUGAAAAAGAAAUGGGCCAUACGAAAAGUGCUGAUAAAGCAACAUUGGUACGUUGUAGAAAGCGGAUGCAUUUGAAAAACGAUACAAAUACGAUGACACGAUUGGAAGACGACAAUUGCGCAAGUGCCACUCAUAAUAAUUGGUCUAUUAAGGUGUUGUUUAUUGUUGCUGUAAUUGCAGCAUUUAUAUCAUGGUUCGCUACAUCAUCACUUGUACCUUGGCGAACAGCUUUAGGACCACAUUUGGAUUACGUCAAUGGUCCACCUCCUCUAUAA